GUUGGUGAAAGCAGGCGCUCCAUAUAAGACAUGACAGCCAAAGAGUCUUCAAAAGAACUUACUGCUUCCGAAUCUGAGGUUUGCAUAAAGACUUUCAAGGAGCAAAUGCAUUUAGAACUCGAGCUUCCAAGACUACCGGGAAACAGACCUACAUCACCUAAAAUUUCUCCACGCAGUUCACCAAGGAACUCACCAUGCUUUUUCAGAAAGUUGCUGGUGAAUAAAAGCAUCCGGCAACGUCGGCGCUUCACUGUGGCUCAUACAUGCUUUGAUGUGGAAAAUGGCCCUUCUCCAGGUCGGAGCCCGCUGGACCCCCAGGUCAGCUCUUCCUCUGGGUUGGUGCUCCAUGCCACCUUUCCUGGGCACAGCCAGCGUAGAGAGUCCUUUCUCUACAGAUCAGACAGCGACUAUGACCUGUCACCAAAGGCAAUGUCAAGAAACUCUUCACUUCCAAGCGAGCAACAUGGCGAUGACUUGAUUGUCACACCUUUUGCCCAGGUCCUUGCCAGCUUGCGAAGUGUGAGAAACAACUUUACUGUACUGACAAACCUUCAGGCACUGGGGGCUCUGAAGCAAGGGCCUUUUGGAGAUCCGCUCCAGCCUAACUACAUGCCCGUGUGUUUGUUUGCAGAAGAAUCUUAUCAAAAAUUAGCAAUGGAAACGCUGGAGGAAUUGGACUGGUGCCUAGACCAGCUCGAGACCAUCCAGACCUACCGCUCCGUCAGUGAGAUGGCUUCUAACAAGUUCAAAAGAAUGCUGAACCGGGAACUGACACACCUCUCAGAGAUGAGCCGAUCAGGAAACCAGGUUUCUGAAUACAUUUCAAAUACUUUCUUAGAUAAGCAGAAUGAUGUGGAGAUUCCAUCUCCCACCCAGAAAGACCGAGAGAAAAAGAAAAAGCAACAACUCAUGACACAGAUAAGUGGAGUGAAAAAACUAAUGCAUAGCUCAAGCUUGAACAAUACAAGCAUUUCACGCUUUGGAGUCAACACAGAAAAUGAAGAUCAUCUGGCCAAGGAGCUGGAAGACCUGAACAAAUGGGGCCUUAACAUCUUCAAUGUGGCUGGAUAUUCACACAAUAGGCCCCUCACAUGCAUCAUGUAUGCCAUUUUCCAGGAAAGAGACCUCCUAAAGACAUUCAAAAUCUCAUCUGAUACAUUUGUAACCUACAUGAUGACUUUAGAAGACCAUUACCAUUCUGAUGUGGCAUAUCAUAACAGCCUACAUGCUGCUGAUGUAGCCCAGUCAACCCAUGUUCUUCUUUCUACGCCAGCAUUAGAUGCUGUCUUCACUGAUUUGGAAAUUCUGGCCACCAUUUUUGCAGCUGCUAUCCAUGACGUGGAUCACCCUGGAGUCUCCAACCAGUUUCUCAUCAACACAAAUUCAGAACUCGCUUUGAUGUAUAAUGAUGAAUCUGUGUUGGAAAACCAUCACCUUGCUGUGGGUUUCAAGCUGCUGCAAGAAGAACACUGUGACAUCUUCCAGAAUCUCACCAAGAAGCAGCGCCAGACACUCAGGAAAAUGGUUAUUGACAUGGUGUUAGCAACUGAUAUGUCCAAACAUAUGAGCCUGCUGGCAGACCUGAAGACAAUGGUAGAAACAAAGAAAGUUACAAGUUCAGGUGUUCUUCUCCUGGACAACUACACGGAUCGUAUACAGGUCCUUCGCAACAUGGUACACUGUGCAGACCUGAGCAAUCCCACCAAGUCGUUGGAAUUGUAUCGGCAAUGGACAGACCGCAUCAUGGAAGAGUUUUUCCAGCAGGGAGACAAAGAGCGGGAGAGAGGAAUGGAGAUUAGCCCAAUGUGUGAUAAGCACACAGCUUCUGUGGAAAAAUCCCAGGUCGGUUUCAUUGACUACAUUGUGCACCCACUGUGGGAGACCUGGGCAGAUCUGGUACAGCCUGAUGCCCAGGACAUUCUGGAUACAUUAGAAGAUAACAGGAACUGGUAUCAGAGCAUGAUACCCCAGAGUCCCUCACCACCGCUGGAUGAGCAGAACAGAGACUGUCAGGGUCUGAUGGAGAAGUUUCAGUUUGAACUAACCCUUGAAGAGGAGGAUUCCGAAGGCCCUGACAAAGAGGGAGAGGGUCACAAUUAUUUCAGCAGCACAAAGACACUUUGUGUGAUCGACCCCGAACAUAGGGAUUCGCUAGGAGAGACUGAUGGAGACACUGGGGCGGAGAACAAGACCCCGAUCGACACAUAAUCGCCUUCUCUGUGGGGAGAUGAACAUUCCACCUUUGACAAGCAUGCCAGCUGUAUGGUAGGGCCAGCCCAUCAUGGGGACGUAGGCCUGCGCGGGACAAGGGCCAUGUGGCCUUUCCAGUUAACUCGAGUUUGGAGCCAGAAUGCAAGACCGUGAAGCAGACAGCAGUUCAGAAAAUCCCACGGUUGACUUGCCUUGCUUGCAAGCUUAGUGGAUGGAGAGCUGAAGCUUUAUCUGGUAUUGGAGGCCAAGAUCAGAUCCUGAGUAAAUGGCUUGAAAAUGGAAGACACAAAACUGAGAGAUUUCUCUGCACUAAGUUUUGGGAAUCUGCCCCCUCUCGUGACUGAACUGACUAAUAACUUCACUUAUAAAUCCGCUCACCUGUCCCCUUGUCUGCCAACCUGUGUGCCUUUUUUGUAGAACAUUUUCACGUCUUUAAAACACCUGUUGAAUACCUAGAGUUUAGUAUCAACUUCUACACAGAUAAGCAUUCAAAGUUGACAUAAACUUUUUUGACUCUUUCUGGGGGUGGGGAAAAAAGGAAAGAAAAUGGUCUUCCUUCUUUCAUGGGCAAUAUCUUUCACUUUACUACAGUUAUUUUGCAAAUAGAAAGGAUAUGCUUCUAACUACAUUCUACUUCCUUCCCCUGUUGUCCCAUCCAGCUUCACAGGUGCCCGUCUAACAAAUCUCUGUCUGCCUGCUUACAGCAGUUUUUCUUCUCCUCUUAGGACUUCACUUUUGUGCUACAAACAGAAUAAAAGCGAACAAGCUAAGAGGUGGGAAGGGGUAGUUGUGUCGUUCCCAACAACAGUCUGUAAAAUGUAGCUUGAUUAGGCAGUGCGCCAUGUUGAGUCCUGAAGCCCUGAGCCACUGGGCGCUGCACGGCCCCCCAUCCACCCCCCCACCCCCCAGCGUUCUCUACCCAGUGACACACCGGUUUCAAUUUGAUGCUGCCGUCUUUCUCUUGCACUGCCUUCUGCGCUAACACCUCCGUUUCUGUUUAUUAUAACAGUCUAUUUAUUACUUAAUGUAUAUAAUGUAAUGUUUUGUAAGUUAUUAAUUUAUAUAUCUAACAUUGCCUGCCAAUGGUGGUGUUACAUUUGUGUAGAAAACUCUGCCUAAGAGUUGCGACUUUUCUUGUAACGUUUUGUAUUGUGUAUUAUAUAACCUGGACAUCGCUUAAGAAAGACAUACGACCCCCUCCCAGGAGGACAUUCGUGGGCUUUUAUUCAGACGGUCUGCCCCCUUCCCUGUCUGAGUUGCUAAUUCUGCACAACUCCUUUGUGAACCAGUUUUGGAAACAGGAUUCUCACAUUCGAUAUUAAAUGGUUUAUACUGAGCUUUUACUUUUGUAGAGUUUGAUAGGGGUAGGGGGCAAGGGGAUGUAGUUUUUACCCAUGUUCUAUCCAAAUCUGUGUACGCAGGAGUUGGGUUAUGACUGGGUUCUACUAUAAUUGUGGCUUUGGUUUGAACAGCAACACUACAUUUGCUCACAGAUGGCUCUUCUGAGUGUUCCCAAACUACUGACUUUGAAGCAAAAGCCUCCUGCCUACCAUUAAGCAGGAAUAUCAUGUUCUAACUAAUUACAAAAAAAAAAAAAAAAAAAAAACACACACAAUAAAGCAAUGUGAAUUUUAUAAUAAAAUGUGAACUGAUGUAGUAAAUUAUGCAAAUGUGAAGCUUCUGAUAACACUUGUUAGACCUGUAAUUGGCUUCAGUCUCCAUUUGUAAAAUAUAUUCCACGCUUUCAGUUCAGCAUUGUAACUCACUAAAGAAAUGGCACAAAUGUGCAUGACCAAUGGGUUUGUAUGUCUAUGAACACUGCAUUAUUUCAGGUGAACAUUUUAUUGUUUUCAAAAGUUUCUCACAAUGUAUGUUAUAGUAUUAUUAUUAUAUAUUGUGCUCAAAUGCAUUCGUAAGAGACUUUUAUAUGAAAUGAAUAAACAGAAGCAUGAUUAGAUUA